UUUUAAACUUAAAAAAUCACAAAUAUUCGAUCUCGCGUAUCUCGGCGUUGAUAACGUGAUCCUGACAACGGACAAAAACAGAUAAACAUCGGCCCCUCCUCAGAAGUUUUUGGAAGGGACAAAGACUACUUCAAUGUUGAAAAGAUGGCCCUGCUUCCUGCAUAUAUACUGCCUUUCUUACACAUGGCUGAGCAAAACUGCUGCUUGGCCAAAGUAGUUAAUAAAAGUAUCACAGAAAUCGAUGCUGAACUCCCAUCUCUAGAGAAUUUGAGAAAUACAUUGCCACAAAGAGAAAUGAAAGAUAGCAGCAGUGCAGAAAAAAAUUAUCUUUUAAAUGAUAGCAAAGAGUUGGAGUUAAAAAUGUCCCGUGGAGAUGGACAAGAAAAAUAUGAGGAACUCGCAUGUUCCACUAACUCAGAAUGUAUUAAACAAACCGAUCUAGCAGCGAGAGGCAACAAACAUACGUCAGAAAAUCUGCUGCUGGAUGGUGUAGAAGAUGUAUCUUGCAUCGGAGACCUUUCCAGAAGAUUGUCAGUAAAUGAAUGUGUAGGUGAUUCUGAUGUGCAUGCUGCGCCCACAGAAGGCACGGAUAUUGCUGUUUACGACGAAGAUGACUUAAUGCAGCAAGAACUGUCUCACAGUAUGCACUUUCGAGUGGAAGCAAAUGUUCAAGUGUGUCUUAACAGCAAAAAUUUAGACGAUGCCGCAAAACAUAGUGGUACGCCAAACACAGUAGAUACUAACACUCUUCAGAUUGUCCCAGAAGUUGCGAACAACACCAGAAGAACUGACGAAUGGUUCGAAAAUAUUGAUGAAAAUAAUGUAAAAAAUGCGGCUCACUUCUCACAAGAAAAGCUUGAACAUCAUGUAGAAAUUUCCACCCAUAAGCCGUUACCCGCAGACGCAUUAAGCAUUAAAGCAGACACAAUCAGCAAACCAGAAGUCUUUCUAACUACUUCGAAUGGUUUAGCAUCUGAGCACUGUUUUCAGAAAAGCGAAAACUUGAGAGCUGAGUACUCUGAUUCGGGUGACAAAAUGAUCAGAGGAAUUUCUGAUCAAGAGGUUCCUGGUGAUACGCUCUUGUGCUGGACUGGAGAAUGCGAUAAGCAAGUGGCCGAAGACCAAUGCUUCUACGAUCAGAUGCAUAACAAAUCAUCCUCAGGCAAACAAAAUCCAUCGGCAAAUUUUAAGUGGAAGUAUAGGCCGUCUAUUGAGGAAACAGACGAGACCUCCACUAGCCCUGUGAAAGUUGAUGGUGGCUUUAGUCUGGAAACUGUUCGGCCCCUACCAGUCGCAUCCCUCAUAAGGAGCCUCCGACUGGGUCUCUCUCGCAGACAGAAAGUCAGGCGUUUGCAUUCUUUCAAGCAGCAACAGCAUCAUUGACUGUUUCAAUGAAUGGAGAAUCAUUUGAAAGUAAUGAAAUUUGCAAGGAAUAAUAUCUUUGCUCGUUCAACUUUAGGUAUAGAUUUGUUAUUUGUUGGUAUUUAAGUCAACACAUCUUAAGAUGUGUGCGUGAACUCGCGCGCACGUGUGUCAAUCUCAGUUUAAUAAAAUGUAAAAUAAGUGAGUUUAUGUUAUUUCUUUAGCUCUGAGUUCUGUGAAGUAUAGCUUGAGGAUUUAAUCAUUUGUAAUAUUCAAAAGAAAAGCAUUUAGAUUGUUCAUAUAUACGAUGUCUCAGUAAACUAAUACAAUCAGCUGACUGUUGUGGUGGACAUGUUCCACCAUACAUCGUUAAAGUAGCAAAUGUCAGCUUUUUCCAGUGAUGUGUUGCGCUCGUCAAGUUUUCUUCUUUGUUUUGAUUGCCAUAUUCACCUUCGACCCCUUUUCUCGAAUACAGAGCUUCACAACUGUUAUUUUGCACGUUAGCUGGUAGCAGUAAAACAUGAAUCGCUCUUCAUAUUGCACAGUUUUGUUGGCUUAAACAUUUUCCUUCUCCUUCAGUAAAGUCUGUGUAUUUGCAGCUGAAACCCGUGGAAAAAUUUGUUGCUAUUAGAUUUUUGGAACUACUCUCAUUUUCCUGCUAUCGUCUUUUUUUCUUACGUUCGUGUGAUAAUUCUUAUUCUUACAACGUUUUUCAUUUUUGUCUUUACUCCAAGUCCCUGUACCAGGAGGAAGAAAAUUGAAGAAUGCCCUAGUCGACAUAAGUGCUCUGGCACUGUGGACUAGAGAACGUUGAGUCAAGUUGUAUGCGUACUUUUUGUGCGCGCUUUCAAGAUUGAUUAAUUGAAUAUUAAUAAACGUUGUGUUCCAUUUGGAUGAAAUAAAUGACAAGAGGCAUUAGGGCUAUCAUCAUCUGAACGCACACAUUGGAUAUCCUUUAAUAUAUGUAACUCGACAUCGUAUUCAAUUCGCUCUAUCGUCGACAGUAUGAGACAAUUAUUCCUGUCUCUUUUUCACACACACUUUCGGUGUCUGAGAAAGAUUAUGAAUGGGAAGUAACCUUCAAUACAAUUCACAUCUGCAGCGCGUGAUUACUUCCCUUAUAUUUUGGAAAACUAUGACAUUUCUACAGGAUACGGAGAUUAGUAGAGCACUAAAUCUCAAAAAUAGAAGAAGCAAUUCUUCUUUUAUUUCAUCUUACUGACAAAGGGAAAUAACUUGAUAUAAAUGUACCUGUUUCUCUCAAAGUAUGAUACAACGUGCGUGAAAAAAGAGCAAACAUGCCACGAACUUAGAUUACGGGACUGCUGGCAGACGAUUUUUUUCCUAGUUAACUACUAAAACUAAGCAGGUGUGUACAAAGCUUCUGGUUUAGUAACGUUCAUUGUUUAGGCUCGCUGAUAAUCUGUGUCACAAACCUGUUGUCUAUUUAAAAAAAAAGUUUAAUGUGAACGGAAAUCGGAUCGGCGAAUGUUGGAGUGUUAUGCGCGUGUGUGGGCACGAGCGUGGAUGUGAGCGUCUCAUGACGGCCGCUUUUUCUUUGAUGUAACGGCGCCAUUGAGGGGCUCCACUCAUAAAAAUGUUGAAAAUGAAGAGUGCCAGGUGGAGAACGAUUUCUGCUGCCUUAUGCGCUUCCGUGACUGUGACGGGAGGAAUACCUGAUCGUUUUUUUCCAGCACUUUAUUCAAGUUCUGACCAGACUUAAAGUUGAUAAGUCCUGAAGUACUAUUUUCAUGUGAAACCUGCUGAGGUGAGUCUGCGUAGGUUUUAAUUUUCAUAUUUUUUUUUUGUAUGUAAGUUUCGGACGAAAAUAGCAAUAUAAUGUCUUUAACUGAGUGUCAGAUUUUAAGAAGUGCACUUUUUUGUUCAGGUUUUUUUUAAAAAUUAUUAUUCUGUCUCCAUUGUUCGACGUGGGCUGGUACGCUGAGUCUAACUUCAAGAGGAGCGGCAACAGCGAAAGACCGUGUAUCGUGUUUCUGA